CCUAUAUAUAGUGGGGCCGGGCUGGGCGGGGGCGGUGCCCGGGUUCGAGUCCCGCGUCGGCCCGCACCGCUCUGUUCCCGUCCGCUUCGCCGGGCCCCGCUGGCCGAGGAGAUGGGCGACAUGGAGUCCUACAAGGUGAUGCUGAAUGGGCCAGCACCCUGGGGCUUCAGGCUGCAGGGAGGGAAGGAUUUCAGCAUGCCGCUCUCCAUCUCCAGGCUGACUCUGGGUGGGAAGGCAGCCCAGGCCGGCGUGGGAGUGGGCGACUGGGUGCUGUACAUCGACGGGGAGAGCACCAGUGCCAUGACACACAUCGAGGCCCAGAAUAGGAUCCGUGCCUGUGGGGACAGGCUCUGCCUCACCUUGAGCAGAGCCCAGAACCAGCUGGGGAAGCCGCAGAAGGUGCUGAGCCUUGACAAGCAGCCCCCACAGCUGCUGGAGCCCCCCAGCACCCCUGUGUGUGACCCUGUGAAGCUGCGGAUGUUAGAGGACAUUGACGACUCAAAGCCCCCCAGCUGGACCUCCCAGUCCCGUUCCUUCCGCAAACUGUCCCGCCUGGUGGGCGCAGACGCCAUGGAGGAUGGUGAGGACGAGCUUGUUAAAAAGCCCAGGGAUGCCCAUGGGUCCAGCUGGGGCACAGUGGAGCAGUGGCAGCCCCCACAGCCUCUGGGGCCCCCCAGCACCCCCGGGUGUGAUCCUGGGAAGUUGAGGAUGUUAGAGGAUGCUGAGGACUGGCAGCCCCGCACCAGCACCUCCCAGUCCCGCUCCUUCCGCAAGCUGGCCCAGCUGACGGGCACAGAUGGCAUGGAGGAUGGUGAGGAUGAAUUUAUUAAAAAGCCCAGGGAUGCCCAUGGGUCCAACUGGGGCACGGGGCAACAUCGGCAGCCCCCGCAGGCUCUGGAGCCCCCCAGUGACACUGUGUGUGACCCUGUGAAGCUGCGGAUGUUAGAGGACAUUGUGGACUCAAAGCCCCACACCUGGACCUCCCAGUCCCGUUCCUUCCGCAAACUGGCCCGGCUGGUGGGAGCAAACAGCAUGGAUGAUGGUGAGGAUGAGCCCGUUAAAAAGCCCAGGGAUUCCCAUGGGUCCAUCUGGGGCAUAGUGGAGCAGCGGGAGCCUCUGGAGUCCCCCAGCACCCCUGGGUGUGAUCCUGGGAAGCUGCGACUGAUGGAGGACGCUGAGGGCUGGCAGCCCCGCACCGGCACCUCCCAGUCCCGCUCCUUCCGCAGACUGGCCCAGCUGACGGGCACAGAUGAGAUGGAGGAUGGUGAGGAUGAGAUUGUUAAAAAGCCCAGGGAUGCCCAUGGGUCCAGCUGGGGCACGGUGGAGCAGCGACAGCCCCCGCAGCCUCUGGAGCCCCCCAGCACCCCCGGGUGCAACCCCGGGAAGCUGCGACUGAUGGAGGACGCUGAGGACUGGCAGCCCCGCACCGGGACCUCCCAGUCCCGCACCUUCCGCAGACUGGCCCAGCUGACGGGCACAGAUGAGAUGGAGGAUCAUGAUGAUGUGUUUGUUAGAAAGCCCAGCCAGGUCUCCGUGCCGGACCCGUCCCCAGGAGCAACGAUGAAGUCUGAGCCCGGACUGGCCCCCAGGACCCCCAGUGCCACCCCCAGCCCCACCAGCCGCCCACCCUGGGCUGUGGACCCCUCGUUUGCCGAGCGCUACGCCCCGGACAAGACGAGCACGGUGGUGAGCAAGCACAGCCAGCCGGCCACGCCCACCCCCAUGCAGAACCGCAGCUCCAUCGUGCAGGCGGCCCAGCAAGCCCCCGAGGGGCCCGGCCGCACCCCCCUCUGCUACAAGUGCAACAAGGUCAUCAGGGGACGGUACCUCGUGGCGCUGGGACAUUAUUACCACCCCGAGGAGUUCAUCUGCUGCCAGUGCAGGAAGGUGCUGGAUGAGGGCGGCUUCUUUGAGGAGAAAGGCUCCAUCUUCUGCCCCAAGUGCUACGACACGCGCUACGCACCCAGCUGCGCCAAGUGCAAGAAGAAGAUCACUGGGGAGGUGAUGCACGCACUGAAGAUGACCUGGCACGUGCAGUGCUUCACCUGCAACGCCUGCAAAACUCCCAUCCGCAACCGAGCCUUCUACAUGGAGGAGGGACAGCCCUACUGCGAGAGAGACUAUGAGAAGAUGUUUGGCACCAAGUGCCGUGGCUGUGACUUCAAGAUCGAUGCUGGGGACCGAUUCCUGGAGGCGCUGGGGUUCAGCUGGCAUGACACUUGCUUUGUCUGUGCGAUCUGCCAGACCAACCUGGAAGGGAAGACGUUCUACUCUAAGAAGGACAAGCCGCUGUGCAAGAGCCAUGCUUUCUCCCAUGUGUGAGGGGUGGGAAUCCAGCUGUGCCCACACAUGUCCCGGCCCUGCAUGCUCCUCUCCCCCUGCCCUGCUGGCCCCAGGGAGCCAGGCUGGGCCCUUGGCCCUUUCCCUUGCUCCUGCAUCUUUCCUGGCAGCUCCUGGCUCAACUCCAGCCAGAUACAGUGCUGGGUCCAGAGCCUUUUAUAGCUGGGUGGUUUCUUACAUGCUUCUCAACUGGCCCUAGGAGCCCUAGGAAUGGGAUGCUGCAUGGAUCUCCUGCCCCUGAGCCACACAGCAUGGUGGGCACAACCAUGCUGAGGCUGGAAUUGGAGAGGGUCUGCCGCAGCUGGGCUGCUCCCUUGCUGCCUGGCAGCUCAGUGCUGGGGCAGCAAUACUCCUUACAUAUCCCUCCCUGAGUGGGUGAGGACCAGCUCCUGUCUCACUCUCCCCAGCCUUCCCUGCUGUGUGCUUGGGGCUGGAGACCCUGCCCUGACAACCCAACAGGCACCCCUCAAACUGCUGCGGUGGUUUCCUGCCCCAGUUGCAUUCCGGGGGUGUCUGCCCCUCAUGCUCCCCACCCUUCUGGCCCACUGCUCCCCUGGGGCUGGCAUCACCCCCAGCCCAGCGUGGCCCAGCUGUGGGCUGGCAGCGUGUGCUGAUGGCCAGCCCAGCCAGGCGGCUGCUCCUGCAAGGCUUGGGCACAGCUUCCUACCAAAGAGCUCUCUGCCACUGCCAUCCUGGGGCCACCGAUGCCUCCCCCCAAACCACACCCUCCGGUCGGGCUGCCCUGAUGUAGCCACGGUGCUUUUAGUGCCUUUAAUAAACACGUCUCUGCAAGUGC